CCUCACAUACUCUCUUCUAUUUCAUCAACAACAACUCCCACUCUUGCGAGCCCCACAAAACAUAACAUAUAUCUUCACCAUCCACAUCGAGGAUCAGCAAGAUCAGUGCCAUAUGUCUUAUGGGUUUGAGUAUCGACCUCAACUGUAAUAUUUAGGUCAAUAUGCAUGUUAUUCCCAUCUUUGAAACUCUCUCCUCUUAUGGGUUAACUUUUUCGUUACGCACACAUGCAUGGAAGAAAAGCAUUCCUUGUCGAAAAGAGAAAGCAAAACGGUGGCAUCCAAAUCCAAUUUCGGGUUUAUUAAAGCUUCGCGGAGAUGGGCGGCUCUAGUAAAGCUACGCGGAGCAAAACUCAAAGUUUUGAGCUAGUCGGCGAACAUCUUCGAGGAGUGCUCCACCCAAAUCAUGCGCCAGCUCCCCCAUCAAUACCCAAUGUAUCACCAAUUGAGAGCCACCAUAAAAUAAAUUUCACAUGCAUGAAACCUGGAUUAGACGCCAAUUCAUUGCAUCACAUAAAAAUAAAAGAUUCAUAAAAAAAGUCUUGAAUGCCAUCAUAGAACUUACCUAAUGCAAACGACACUGUAUUGAUCUAACCCAACAAAACCCGUACUUCCAACAUGGUCUCGCUUGUUCGAUCCAUCAAAACAAACAAAGAUGACUUUUGACGGGGAAAUGAUUCAAUGACAUCAACAUUCAAUUCAACACGAUUAAUUGUAUUCGUAUCACAGAGAAGUCUAAUCUUUCGCGAAGAAAUCGAUAGUCACGAAAAUCCAGACCAUGAACUUGCUUGCAAUAUCCAGCUAGUCUCCUCUUGGGCUUUUACUGUACAUAAAGGCCUUAUAAAAACAAAUCCAAGUCCGACCAGAACGAGGCGGCAGCCACUCCUCCGCAACAGAUGUUAAGGUCCAUGACGAUUAGAGAUUUCUUCGACCAUUCCACCGCAGCACCGCUACUUUCUCCUCCGGCGGCGUUAUCUUCGGUCUGCCAUGGCGACCGGGAACUGCGAUUCGGAUUCGGAUCCGCAGCGUUACGUUUCCAAAAAACGACCUGGGAUCCGUUCAACGGGUGUAGUAAACUCCAUCAGCAAACUCGGGGAGGAUCUCCUCGAAGAAAUUCUGAUUCGCCUCCCGACUCCUAGAUCCGCCUGCCGUUGCAAAGCCGUCUGCAAGCUGUGGGGCUCCCUGAUCUCCAGUCCUCGAUUCAAUCGCCGUUUCGUUUCUCGUCGCCGGAGCAUCAACGAACUGCAACCGCCUCUGGUACUUUCCUCCGAAGACCAGCAAUCGAUCAUCCCGGGGUUUGUCCCCAUGCCGAGUGUGGACCAUGACCUGCGUUUCGCAGUUUUGGACUCCUUCCAGGACUUGCUUCUGUGUGGGUUUCAGAUGCCACAGGACCUCGAUGACGAAUUCCGCAGGUCCUACUUCGUCUGCAAUCCGUUUACGAAGCAAUGGAUUGCCCUUCCCCUGGCGCCUGGCCGGCCGGCGAGGUGUCCGCGAUUGGUCGCGAGAUAUAAGACGGAGUCUGGUUGUGCUACCAGGCUGGACGUGUUUUGUUCCGAGUCGGGAGAAUGGAACAAGGACCACCCGCUUGUUCUCGACGAGCAUUUCUUAUGGAACGAAAAGAAUGUAGUUUCCUGCAAGGGGAAGUUGUUUUGGGUGUAUAUUCAGCAUCAUCCAAGGAUUGCGGUGUUCAAUCCUUUCCGCCCCGAUAUACCUCCGGCUUGUAUUGAUGAUCCUCGACUCUUUCUGAAGCCGUGGUGGGAUAUUUCGGUAUCACAGGGUGCUCUGCACGUAUCUGUAUUCGACGGCGUACCUGAACGUGGCUGUUCAAGGAUGGCGUCAAGUGUUUGGAGAUUGGAAGAUGACCAUAGAUCUUUUAGCCUAGUAUGUGAAGGGGUGUUCAAGACGGCUCGUCCAAGGUCUAACCCUGGGGUGCAACUCCAUGAUUUCUACCUAGAGUUAGAAAGGAGAAUGAGUCCAUCACUUGAGAAGGUUGUGUUUCCUUAUCUGCAUCCAGAGAAUCCGGAAAUCCUCUUGGUCCAUUAUCUUGAUACCAAGAGUGCUAUCUUGUCCUGUGAUUUGAAAAGAGGGGACCUCGAGUUCCAUUCCGAACUUAGAGUGCUGCUUUCACCUCGUUGGGCGCUAUUCCAUCCCAGGGUUUCUUGUUGGCCGAUUUCGAUUCCAAGGUACGAGGAAUUGCGAGUUAUCUAUGAUGGAAGCUACGGCUGUUGGGUUCAGAGCAGCAGCAGCAAGCCAACAAAUCGCGUAAUGACUGGACCGACAACUCCUGUAGUAGCUGAAGAACGCCGACCAAUCGACAGAUCGGGUCGAGGGAGGAAAAACGCCGACCAAUUGACAACUGAUUAGCAUCAAAUGGCUCGAUCGUGUCCUGAGCAGGGUGAUGGUGUUACAAUGUAAAUUAUAUGUAUGAAUUGAAGGGGAAAAGGGAGAAGCUCCACUGGUGUGGUGGUGUUCAAGCAACUCCAGGCUAUUUAAUUUAAAGUCAGUUGAAUUCUCAGUUAUCGUCGUCUGUAGAGAGGCGGCUAAUGGAUUGGGUUCAUGGUUUGGUUUUCAGUUCAUAUGGGAUGUUUUUGAGUUCUGUAGUUAAUUCAGUGAUCAGUUGUUUCCUGCUUUUAACUUUGUAGGAAGUAUUUAUUGUUUAAGCUAAUGAACAUUUUAUUUUCAGUACCAGUAUAGAUGGUUUACACACCCAAUGUUUGUGUCUUGUACAUCUCAUACUUCGGUGCAAGUAACUUUGGUUACGCCUUCACCUAAAGAAUCUGCAAUCUUCUGCUACCUUAUGAAUCUGUAUUAACUUGGCAAUGGUUAUAAGUCAUAAGGUGACGAAGCUGUUGAAGGGAAAGGAGUAUCUGAUCAGUGUGGACAAAAGCGAAAGCAUGUAUGGGUGUCUCCAUGUCUGCAUCAAAUCGAAAAGCUCAUCCAGAAAGUAACCAAGAACCAAAGUAGAGAUAUAAACAAGCAAGGAAUCGACCAGCCAGCUAGAUUAUACGAAUAGUCAGUCCUCGCCUUACCCGAUAAUACAUGUCCUGCAACUAGCAUAAUCUACUCCCUAUAAGCAUGGAGACAAGUUCCAUUUCGUUUCUGGAUGGAACUGGAAGGUUGACAUGUUAACUUCUGGCACGGAACGAUUCACCAUUCCAUUUCGUUUCCACAGAAACAACGCUUUGCCGUAUGUUUCAUGAAUGACGAGUUCACCUCUCACCAUGCAGCAACACAAUGCUUCGUUAUUGAAGCAGUAUAGUGUAUAUAUGCGGGCUGUGUGGCAGUUAAGGUGCUUGAAAUGCCACCACCCUGCUUAGGACGCAAGCCUUUCACCACUUCCUGACAGUACGAUGAUAAUCAGUUGUCCUCGCCGCUUACUCCCAUGACCAGAUUCAACCCCUGGUCGUCGUUCUUCUAUUGAUUCAGCAAUCUAACCACAAACAAGAUGCAAUUAGAAAAGCAGGCAGGACAUGGGAAGCAACGGACAGAAUCCAACAUCUAUCUGGCUAGCUUCAUUUAUGUUAACCGCAGCUUAAAAGAGUUUGCACAAAUAAACAAAGUUAUCAGAAACAAAGACAAGACAAGUAUCAAUGACCUAGUUAAUAAGUUUAGGUGGGCAAG